AUGUCAUUGGAAAUAAAACUAGACAGAGCUAGCAAGUUUUAUGAGCCUGGAGUAAUUAUAGAUAUUUCUAAGAUAAUGCUUUAGGAAAAAGUUACUGGCUAUAUUACAAUUAUUGACAGUCAAAGUCAAAUAUAGCAUUCUGGAAUAGUUGUAAAUGCUGAGGGAUAUAUGGAUACUGUCUCAAUUAUCAGAGGAAAUAUUGGAAGACCCCCAAUGAAGGAUGAGGAUAGAAUUUACUUCAUGAAGAAGAAAUUCACUUUAAGUGAUGGUGGAAAGCUAAACACAUCUACGCCUAUUCCUUUUGAAUUUAUUUUAGAAGCAAAUGAAAAAGGUGAAAGUCUUAUUGAUGCCUAUGUUGGAUAUGAAGUUCAGAUCACACUAAAUAAGGGAGGCAAGACACUUAAAGGCAAUGAGAAAUUCUACUGCGCUGUCCCAGGUGCUGGAAUAGACACAACGAUAGGGAGAAGAGACAUGCCAAAGGAGUUCGCUAUUUCGCCAGAUAACCUAGAGGCCUCCACUUUGAAAUCUGUUCCAAAGUUUAAGUUUGAAGGUCAGAUCUACAGUGUGAACUGUGCCUUCUAAGAACCAUUUGAUGGCUAUAUUAUUACUAGGGAUUCAGAGUAUGUCAUAAAAUCUAUUGAGGUCUAGCUGGUAAGAGUAGAGACUUUCGAGGGUAAGACAUUCGCCACCGAGGUUCAAAACAUUCAAGUUGCUGAUGGAGACGUUAUUAGAGAUAUGGAGAUUCCACUAUACAUGCUUUUCCCAAAAAUCUACUCUUGCCCAACAGUUAUUCAUGCUAAGUUUUCAGUAAUAAACCUAAUUCAUUAACGCCUUACUUUAGAUUGA